AUAACUUGCGACAACCAAUCAUUCAUCUCAGCUAUGGUUUUCGUAUAACAGCGGAGACAAUUGAUUGGCUAAUGCAGUUACGCAUACGCUUUUUACGCCGCAUGGGGAGCCAGCCGCAUCCGAUACUCAAUUGUUGUGCAACUGUUGAGCUUCGUGAACGCACCCAUUGAUUACGUAUGAAAAAUAAACAUCUGGGCAUGCGUCAUGUGAAUAGUAUAGAAGAGGUUGUAAAUAUAUAUAUAAUAUAAGCUAUAUUAAAGAACGUCAAAAAGUAUUAACAAGUGUGAAAAAGAAAAGAAAAACAUUAAUAAUGCCAGCAAAUUGCUGUAUAAUGAAAUGUAAAAGUACGUGGGUGAAGAAUUCUAAAAUAAAAUUUUAUAGAUUCCCACUCCAAAAUGAGAUAAUAAUGAAAUAUUGGAUUGCGGCUACAGGACGCAAUAAUUGGUCCCCAUAUGCAAAUGCACGAAUAUGUAGUUUGCAUUUUAAAGAUACUGAUUAUCAGAAUAAUGUGGAGCACGUUAAAAGAAAACGUCUUAAACCUGAUGUCAUCCCAACACAAAAUGUACAUGUAAAUAUUUUGAACAUGCUCCAGCAAAGUGCAUUUGUUUUGCAAAUGUUCGAUCAAAAUAUUUCAAAAGAAUUAGAGCAAGAUGAAACAUGUGAAAUUGAGAAAUAUGAUAAAAAUAUAAAUCAGACUCAAGAGGAAAUUAUGACUAAAUGUAAUAAUAAUGAUACUUCAGCAAAGUUAAAAUGUUUCAAAUGUACAUGUUAUAAUAGAUUAUUGAGUGAAAAUGAACAAUUAAGAAAGGAAAUAGAAAAAUUUUUUAAAUCACAGGAGGAGCGUUUGAAUCAGCAAGCAAGCAUGUUUCAUUCAUUAAUAAUUCACAAAGAAACUAUAUUAAAAGAGAAAUUGAAAAUAGCUAGGAAUAAAAAUAAAACUUUAAAUAAAAAUAUACAGCAGAAAGGAAAAAAAUAUUACAAAGCUAAAAAUACUUAUACAUUUAAAGGACAAAAAUAUUUAAGAGAAUGAUGCUAUUUUUAGAUUUAUAAACAAAUUUGAGAAUCUAUUAAUCUCCUUAUUAUACUAAAAGAGAAAAAAACAAGUAUUCACAGGUGCUGUUAUUGUGAAGAGGCAAAAUAGUUAUUAUUAUCAUGAUUUGUGUAGUUUGCAUAAAAGUUGGAAUAUUUUCUUACAAUAUAUUUAUGAAUACAUAAAAUUAGUAAUAUUGUGAACAUUAAUGAAUGAUAAUGUUU